AUAAAUGUUAAGAAAAUUUUAUUUAAGCUUAGUUGUCAUGUAGAUUAAGUAGCUCUGAUUGUUAAGUUUGCCUGUUGACUCCCCAUAAAUCCGGGUUCGAUCCCUCCUUGAUCCCAUUUUAUAUUUAAAUUUUUUCUUAAGUUAUAUAUUGAACCCUCUUAAAACUAAUGCUGGGUCCGCCACUGGAUGUUAGUCAACCUAUAUAUCUUAGCCAUAAUCUCAUUUGCUCUCUAAUAGUCAGAGUCAUCGUCUUAAAAACGUUUAGUGUUUUUUUUGUUUGAAAAUUUCGAGUAGAUCGUCUAUGUCAGCAAAACAUUAAUCUAUCGUAAAAUUUUAGUAACUUUAAUGAAAAGUAGCAUUAUUAAUUGUAGAUUGAAUCCUUAGAAAUAACUACAUUUUUGUAUAAACACAAUGAUAGAAACCACUAAAUAUAAGACACAAUAAUAUAACUGUGACUGGUGGCAUGUAGUAUUAGAGUUGACACAAUAAUAUAUGAUUUGUAGUUCGAUGUAACUUGCAGUAAAAAGUAUGUGGUAAAAACGGUAAGUUUAUGUGGUAAGUUUUGCAGUAAAAAUAAAAGUUAUCAUUUUAUUACAACUUAUGACUGGUAACAUUUUUGAUGUAUAAGUUGGAGUUUGAGUUAUAAAUAAAAUAAUUGAAUAUAUAAACAGAUAAAUAGUAAAUUUUUUAUUAAGCUAUUUUUUAAAUAAAUAAAAAUAAAAUUUAUUUUAAAUAAGUAUAAAAAGUUUGAAAAAUAAUUUUCAGUAUCUAUUAUUUUCUAAGUAUUAUAAUAACUACUAAUAAUAUUUAUUCUAUUAUCAAGAAUAAGUUAAAUUUGUUUUUGUUUCUAUAGUUAUGUUAAAAUAAUUAAAAUACUAUAACUUCAUAUCAUUUUAAAUUUAACAUAUCAAUUUUAAAUUUACCUUACGAUCUGUAGUUCCACCGCCGUCUUCAGCACCAGCACCAACAUCAUCAAUAUUUUUAUAAUUAGACAUUUUCAUCCAAAAAAUAAACAAAAAUUAAUAAAUAAAAAAAAAAUAUGUUUUGCACGUAAAGAAGAAGAAGAUGGAAAAGCUCAACUUUAGCUUAUUGAUUUCUUCAUUUUUGUAAUAAAAAAAUCAAUUAAAUUUGUAACUCAACUCCUAAAAUAUGAGAUUUUGGUUGAUGUAAAUUUAUGUUUUGAGUUAACAAUUUUAUAAAGGGUCUAAAUCAAAGUUGUAACUUAAUUACAACAUAUCUUAAAUCAAAUUUAAAAUAAAUAAAAAAUAUAUAUAUCACAAUGAUUGGUAACAUUUUUGAGUUAGAAACUUAACUCAAACUUAAUCAACCUUACCACAUGUCACCAAUCAAUAAAUAGCAGCCUCUAGUGUUUCGUCCAGUUCAGGUUCAGAAGUGGAAGAUGUUUUUUAAUAGUUAGUAGGUCCAAUGCAUUUAAAAUUCAAAACAGUUUAGGAAUUCACACUGCUCACUUACAGACAGCGACGAGGAAAAAAAACUAAAUAUUUCUUUUCCUACUUUAACAUUUUUUAUCUUUACUUUUCAAAAACAUUAUAUUAUAUUUACUUUACCUCAUUAUAUUAAAUAAUUCGUGUAUUUAUUAGGAACCUGAUACCACUUUGAUUUGUUUAGUUGCGUGGUUCUUGUUCAUCUCUUUCUCGCUCUAACAAAAUCUUUACUUCUGCCAAGAAAACCAUUUUUGAGAUAAUCAAAUCCUCUACAGGUUUCAUAUGUUCUCACAAGUUUUGAUAUUACAAGAUCUGGUGUUAUGUGGAAUAGCAGGGAGGUGAAUAGUAACACUGGAAGAUUCAAAUGUUCUUAUCAUCCACUGAUGAAGGCUCUCCAAAUAAUCCAUCAUCUUCUUCCAGUUUCUUACAUCUGACCAACUCUAGUCAUGCGUUAGGUCAAUCACAUCUUUCCAGUUUCUCCAUCAGAGACUAUGCAUUUAGUUACCGGACCAAAAACAUUCAGAAAAGCUGGCCUUUUUCCUCAACAAGUUUGCAACUUUGUUUGAAACAUGGCUUAACUGAUCCAUUGCCACCGUUUCAGCCUCUUGGCUCUGAAGCUAAGCUAAAAGUAAUCCAUGUUGAAGCGAGAAUGUUAGAAAAACUUGGCUCCAAGCAUGCAUUAGCAGAGACUGAACAAGGCUUUUUGGUUAGUGGUUCAAAAUCCAAAGUCCAAGUAGCUAUCGUUAACAAGAAUCCAAGAAAAAAAUGUGGGUUAGUAGUGAAACAUGGAGCUUGUGUGAAUAGUGAAUCAAAAGAAGCUCAGGGUUCUCUCUUUUCAGCUUCUGAAUCUAUGGGGUUUAGAGCUUGUCCUAUCUGCAAAACCUUCUCGUCUGCUUCCAACACCACUUUGAAUGCGCACAUGGAUCAGUGUCUGUCUGUUGACUCGGACCAGCAGCCAAUGAGUAAGCAUAGGAAUAAGCCACGGUUGAAAGUUAAAACGUUGGUUGAUAUUUACGCUACUGCAAAAAGGUCAACAUUAGAAGAACUUGAUAAAAGAAACGGAACAAAGUGGUCUGUGGUUUCGAGCUACUCUAACCAGGUUGUCUCUGAUAAUAAGCAUGAAGUGUCCAAUAAAGUGAAAAAGAGGAGCGUGCUACGUGUCGGAAAUGAUGAAGAUGGUGGCAUUGGACCUGUUUACAUUGAUGCUGAGGGCCAAAAACUGCGGAUUUUAUCUGAUUCACCAAGAAAGCAUGUAGAAGAUGUCAGUGAGAAGAAGUCUUCUAACAAAGGUCAAGGGAAAAGACUUCGGUUUAAGAAACAUUACAAGCAUUGUAAAGUAGUUCCUCAAAGUAGAAUACUCACUGUUGGUGAAGGCAAUGCUUCAGAGAUACCAGAGUAUCAAAGAGGUUAUUCUGAAGAAUGUAGAGCCAUGGAGAGGUCAGAAACUCCAGGUCCAAGCCAGCGUAGGAUUCUCAGUCAGCGGAUGGUAACAAGAAGUUGUCUUUCAAGGAAUGAAAAUAAGAAAGGGAGAAGCAUUUCUGAUUCAUUGUCAGCAGAUCCUCUUUUGAUAAGAGGUCCACGUCAUGCGAGUGUUGAUUUAUCCGAGACCGUUUCAACUUGUUUUAGGAGUCAAAACUCAUGGAGAAGUUGUGGGGAGAGCCAAGUCUCUAGAAAGAGCACUAAAAGUCCCUUGAGAUGUUCGAUGCCUGUGGAUAAGGUGUUUGCAUCUGCUCCAAAGGGCUUUUUGAAGUUAAAGAAAGCUCGGUUGGAUUUCUCUGAGAAUGAAGAUGAAGAUUCAGGGAGAUGGGAGUCUGAAAUGACUCAAGAACGUGAACUGACAGAUUAUGAUGAUAAUGAAGAAACAGAUAAGGUGUUUCUAAGCUCGGAUCCUUCAGUUGGUAGUGGUGAAGAGAAUGAUUAUGAAGGCUGGGAAGUGACUGGUGAUAACAAAGUAGAUGAUGAUGAUGACAUGUUGUACCAAACCAAUGAUGCUGAGUUUGAAAGCUCAUUCAUGGAGGUUGAUCUCAUUCCCAUUCCAGGACCUCCAGGUUCAUUUCUACCGAGUCCUUGGGAUAUGGAAACUGAUGCAACUGAAAAUCAUGUAAACUCUUCAGUUACCACAAGCCAGUUCCAAUCUUCCCAUGACCAGCUUGAUCUCACUGACAGAAAAUCGUCUGAAUCACCUGAAACACAGACAUUCAGAGACAAUGAUCAGUCAUGUUGUUGCCAAAGGAAGGAGAAUGUUUUUGAAGAUACAACAUUUGGGAAACCAGCACCACACAUGAACCAACAAGAUUUGGAUCUAUCGAGUAAGUCUGUGUCCAAGACUCCUUCAGUUUCCAACCCGGUGUUGCGGCUAAUGGGAAAGGAUUUGAUGGUUAUUAACCAAAUAGAAGAUACCUCACAUGGAGAUUCAAGUCUAAUACCAACGUCACAGUUUCAUGAUCUCUCUAAAACCAAACAAGUGUUUCCUCCUGUCCAUCUUCUUCAUGGUCCUUAUGGUGCAGAUAGUUCGUAUUUGGACAGCACCACAAGCUUUUACAACAUUCCAUGAAAAAUUAUAUCAAGACCUCUACUUAUAUUUCCAAGCAUCUACAUUCCAUGACAAUUCUGUUCCUCUCCAGCAAACUUCAUAUGUUUGAAAGAUUUUAAGAAGUUUUCUUAUCAACCAUUCAACCUCAAGAUUUUGUGAUUCUCUUAUAAUUAACGACUAGAUUAAGACUUGGUCAUUUGGCAAACUA